AUGGAGAUCUUUGUUCUUUUUGGUGAUGGAGAAGAUGUUUUUUCUCAAGAAAUGACUAGCAUUGUGGUUUCCCUGUUGAAUCUUUGUCCGUUAUGUUAUUGUGGAGUGCCUGCACGUGUCAGGUAUUCUUGGACUGAUGCCAAUAUCGCCAGAAAAUGGUAUGGCUGUGAAAAUUAUAAGAGAACGGGUGAUUGUGAUUUUUUUGCAUGGACUAAUAAUGAAAUGACUACGUAUGAGACGAAGAUAAUGGAACGCUUGAAAGUCCUAGACGAUAGAAGAAAGACAGAUAGUGAUAGACUUGAGAAGCUAAUUGAAACAAAAAAUAAUGAUCAAUAUGUUAAACUUGAGAAGCUAAUUGAAAAAAAUGUAAUGAUCAAUGGUGGAUUCUUCUUAGACAAUUUUUGUUUAAAUCCUGUGAGGUUUAAUUGGAAGCUCAUGUUUUUGGUGAUACUUGAGAAUUAUUGGAUGAAGCUUCUUGAGGCUGAGUCUUACACUUUUGAGACAUUUUGGAGAAACUUGAAGCUUUCCCAUAAAAGGGAUUCUCAAAGAGAAGCAGAUUCUAGGACUUGA